UUGAAGGGUGUCUGCAGCCUGGCUAGGAGAGCGUGCGCCCCUCGGGUGACAUGCAGGGGGUGGCGAGUGUGGGGUCAUGCGAACCCCGGGCCCUCCUGGGGCGUGGCGCCCUCUGCACAAAGGCCAGGCCUGGUGGAGGUCCGGCGGCGGGGACUGUAGUUGCUCCUGGGAGCCCCGACCGGGGAAGGCCGCGCUCCAGGAACAGCCUGGCCUCCCAGGACCAGCAAGGAGCAGUGACCUCCGGGACCGCUCACAAAGCUCUGCUUUCCAGAGAUACCAACUUCCUCCAGGAGAUAAACCGCAAACAGGAAGCUGCCCCUACAGGGACUAGACAUAAAGCCAAGUCGCAGGGCCUGGUGACCUUUGGGGAUGUGGCUGUAGUUUUCUCCCAGGAGGAGUGGGAAUGGCUCAGCUCUGAGCAGAGGAGUCUGUACUGGAAGGUGAUGCUGGACAACUACAGGAACCUGGCAUCCCUUGGACUUUGUGCUUCUAAGCCAGAUAUGAUCACCUCGUUGGAGCAAGGAAGGGAUCCCUGGAUGAUGAAAAGGAAGAUGAGAAAAGGCCAGCGUCUGGACUUGAAGGCCAUGCAGGAGACCAAGGAGUUCCCUCCAAAGGACUUAAGUGAAGAGACAUUAUCCCUGGCAGUGCUGAGAAAACAGCUCCUGCCCUGUAGACCUAAGUGCUCCAUGUUACGGGCAGCCUGGGAUGGUGGUGCAGGGUUCACGACACACAGGGGCUUGAAGACCAACUCAGGUCUGGCUAGAGACAGUCCUCCACAGCUUGUGUCCGCUCAGAGGAGUCUCUGUAAGAAUGUGACUUGGGAGAACUGUGGUGACCGGGGCUCCUUAGGCCAGCAGUCUGUACAGGAAGCCCAGGAUCUGCUUCCAAGGCAGGACUCACAUGCUGAACGGGUAACAGGCAGAACUUGGAGCACUAAACUUGAGUGCUCCACUUUCAGAGAUCAGGAUUCUGAGUGUAUGUUUGAAAGGAAUGAGCAAGAGACAGUCACUCAGAACAGAGCCUUCUCAGAGGGGAGAGAUGGUAUGUGUAUCAAAUCUGGAAGAUGGUUUCAUUUGAACAGUUCAGAUGAGAGAAGUCAUAAUUGUGACUCAGGUAAAAGUUUCUCCCCAAAUCCAGUAGUCGUAAAAGAAACCGGAAUCUAUUCAGGAAAAAAACUUUUCAAAUGUAAUGAAUGUAAGAAAAGUUUCACCCAGAGCUCAUCCCUUACCGUUCACCAGAGAAUUCAUACUGGAGAGAAGCCCUAUAAAUGCAAUGAAUGUGGGAAGGCCUUCAGUGACGGUUCCUCCUUCGCACGACACCAGAGGUGCCAUACAGGCAAGAAGCCAUACGAGUGCCUGGAGUGUGGCAAAGCUUUCAUACAGAACACCUCGCUCGUUCGUCACUGGAGGUACUAUCACACUGGGGAGAAACCCUUCGAUUGCAUCGACUGUGGGAAAGCCUUCAGUGACCACAUAGGGCUUAAUCAACACAGGAGGAUUCACACUGGAGAGAAACCAUACACGUGUGAAGUGUGUCACAAAUCCUUUAGGUAUGGCUCAUCCCUCACUGUGCACCAAAGGAUUCAUACUGGAGAGAAACCAUAUGAGUGUGAGAUUUGCAGAAAAGCCUUCAGCCACCAUGCAUCCCUCACUCAGCAUCAACGAGUGCAUUCUGGAGAAAAGCCUUUUAAAUGUAAAGAGUGUGGGAAAGCUUUUAGGCAGAAUAUACACCUUGCUAGUCACUUGAGGAUCCAUACCGGGGAAAAGCCCUUUGAGUGUGGGGAAUGUGGGAAAUCUUUCAGCAUCAGCUCACAGCUUGCCACGCAUCAGAGAAUUCAUACAGGAGAGAAACCUUACAAAUGUAGUGAAUGUGACAAAUGCUUUACUGGCAAACACACUCUGAGAACGCAUCAGAGAAUUCAUACAGGAGAGAAACCUUACAAAUGUAGUGAAUGUGACAAAUGCUUUACUGGCAAACACACUCUGAGAACGCAUCAGAGAAUUCAUACAGGAGAGAAGCCUUAUGAGUGUAAGGUUUGUAGGAAAGCAUUUACACAGAAGGCUCACCUUGCACAACAUCAGAAGACUCAUACGGGGGAGAAACCAUACGAGUGCAAGGAAUGUGGCAAGGCCUUCAGCCAGACCACUCACCUUAUUCAACACCAGAGGGUUCAUACUGGAGAGAAGCCCUAUAAAUGCCUGGAAUGUGGGAAGGCCUUUGGUGAUAACUCAUCCUGUACUCAACAUCAGAGACUUCACACCGGCCAGAGGCCUUACCAGUGUGUGGAAUGUGGGAAGGCGUUCAAGACCAAGUCAUCCCUUAUCUGUCAUCGUAGAUGUCACACGGGAGAGAAACCUUAUGAGUGCAGUGCAUGUGGUAAAGCCUUUAGCCACCGCCAGUCCCUUAGUGUACAUCAGAGAAUUCAUUCUGGGAAGAAACCGUAUGAAUGUAAGGAAUGUCGGAAAACCUUUAUCCAGAUUGGACACCUUAACCAACAUAAGAGAGUCCAUACCGGGGAGAGAACGUACAACUACAAGAAGGGCAGGAGGGCCUUCAGGCAGACUGCACACUUUGCUCACCAUCAGCGGAUUCAUUCCGGAGAGCCACCUGCUCACCACUCUUUGCCUUCCACGUCGAAUCCUGUGGCUCUCUUCUCCAAAUUCAUCUGGAAUCCAUCCUCACUGUCAUCAUCAUAAUCUCAGAACCUCGAUAUUCCACCACACUUGUUUACCAACUCGUCUCUUUGUCCCUUUGUUCAUUCUUGUCCCUUAUAAGUCCUUCAUGUUACAACCAGGUUGGAUUAUUUUUGGAGUGUCAAUGUAAUUAAUUUGCUCAUAUAAAGCUUAUACUCCCUGGUUCAUGCCUGAGAUGUGUUUUGCACAGUGCCUGAUCCAUACCAAGUACUCAGCAAACUGGGGUCUUUUAAAAGCUUACUUUUGAAAGUGGAAAAUGUAUUCUAAUCAGCUCUGAUGGAGACAGUGCAAUAGGAUGAGGCUAGGAACAACCAGCGUUUAGAACAGGAAGGGAGUUCUCUGAGUUGGUGAUGAGGCUUCCUUCUUUUUCUUGAAAACUUGGUUCUAAGCCAAGGGUCUGGUGCGCUCACCUGCAAUCCUAGAGUUCAUGGAUUCAAGGCCAGCCCUAGGCAACUUAGUGAGACCCUAUCUCAAAAUAAAAAUAAAGCAGCUGAUCCUAUAGUGCUGAACUGUAGCAUGGCUUUGGAUUUGAACUACAGGAUUAUAAGGUAAGAGCUCUUAGUGAGGAAUUUCGCCCGUACACUUGGCAAUAGCCUUAAAGGAUAGUCAGCCUAAGUGUAUGUAGGCUACUUGGAACAAAUGAAUCAAAAUAAUUGGGAAAAUGCAAGGUUUUAUACCCAGGAAGUUAAAUCUCCCAACAAAUAAAACUGAAGGAUUUGAUCUAUAGAAAGUCACUGGUUUGUGAAUGCAUUCUUAGUAAACUUCUACAGAAGUGUUAACUCUGGGGUAAACUGAUCUACAGUAGAGGGCAGCAAGCCAACUUACAGUCAGACUCUCACUGAUUCCUUUUGUAGGGCCCAUAAUUUAAAUUUAUGAAGAUAUGUUUAUGUGGUUUUAAAUUGGACGAAUAUUUUCAACAUGAUAAUUAUGUGAAAUUUACAUCUCAGUGAAGUAUUGGCAUGAAGGCACAAGUUUACUUACAUACUUUUUGUGGUGCUUCUGUCUACAAAGGGAAAAUUGUCCUGUGAUGAAGACCAUUUGGCUCAGAGAGGAAAAAAAGACAAUACCUGACUCUUUAUGGAGAAUGCCUGCUGAACUGUGCAAAAACAGUUGUCCUGUUUUUGUAAAUAGAGUUUUAUUGAGCCACACCCAGUCACUGGUUUACCAAAAACCUUUGGUUAGUUGUUUACAGUGGCAGAAUUGAGUAGGUGCACUGGAGACUUUCUGGCCCUAUAGAGACACAAAUACUUAGAGCUGAAGAGUAGAGGAGAGUGUACAAAGGUUUCUAACCCCACCGCAAUAACAAGCCCUGACCAAAAAAUAAACUAAACCAAACAAGCCAUACAACAACAAAACCCCCAAGAAUAUUAGGCCAAUGCAAUGGAUAAGCAGGUAAAGGUACCUCUUGCCAAUCCUGAUGACCCGAAUUUAAUCCUUGCAAUUCAGGUGGUAGAAGGAGAGAACUUAUUCAGGAGAGUCCUCCAAACUUCACACAAGUGCUAUCACAUGCGUACCCCAAACACACACAGUAGAUAUUUAAAAUACAGCUUAUAAAUCAAUUUAUGAAGAGAUGAAAAUAUUAAAUGAAAUAAAGUCUAUAAAAGAGAAAUAUAUGUAGAAGUAUUAUUAAAAUGUUUAUAAGUUAUCUUUCCAAAACAGAGUCUCAUGAAAGAUAUGUGGCCAACUUCAGGAAACAAUUAGGCAAGAACAUAAAGGAUUAGUUUUUUAGAAAGAUCUGUUUAUUUGUUUAUUGAUUGAUUUAUUUCGAGGCAGAAUUUUUCUUUGUAGUGUUGGCUGUCCUGGAACUUGCUAUGUAGACUAGGCUAUCUUUGAAUUCACUGUCUCUGCCUCCCAAGUACUGGGAUUAAAGGUAUGCACC